GUGGUCUGUCUAGCUGCACUGCACUCAAUCCUCUUGAGCAAGAACAGAGUCACUAGGCCACCCAAAAGAGAUCAUGGCCUUUUCCAGCCGCAGCUUUGUGUCCUCUGGAUCCGUUGGUGGAGCCAUGCAGGGACCUUCCAUGAGCUCCUCCUUCAUUUCUAUGUCAGGUGGAAGCCGAAUGAGCGGUAUAGGCGGUAUGCGAGCUCCCAGUGUACAUGCGGGUGCUGGCGGCUCUGGAAUUCGCAUCUCCAGAGUCCCUAGCAUCUUCCCCGCAGUUGGUGGUGGUGGUGCUGCUGCUGGUGUCGGUUUUGGUGGUGGCUUUGGUGGCGGGUAUAGUGGUGGCUUUGGCUUUGGUGGAGGUUCUGGAGGAGGCUUCAGCCUUGGGGAUGGCCCUGAAAUGAAGGCGACCACCAAUGAGAAGGCCACGAUGCAGAACCUAAAUGACCGUCUGGCUUCCUACCUGGACAAAGUGCGCUCUCUAGAGAAGGCCAAUGCUGAGCUGGAGCUGAAGAUCCGCCAGUUUUUAGAAAACAAAACAUCCCCAGCAACUCGUGAUUUCAGUGCCUUUGAGGCCACCAUCAGCGAUCUCCAAGCCAAGAUCCAGGAUGCCACUCGAGUCAAUGGGGGAAUAUAUCUCAGCCUUGACAAUGCCAAGCUGGCUGCUGAUGACUUCAAACUCAAAUAUGAGAAUGAGCUGGGGAUGCGCCAGUCUGUGGAGGCUGACAUUGCUGGGCUGAAGAGAGUUCUGGAUGAGUUGACUUUGGCCAGAGCUGACCUGGAAAUGCAGAUUGAGGGCAUGAAGGAGGAGCUGAUCUUCCUCAAAAAGAACCAUGAGGAGGAGCUCCUGGCCAUGAAGACGCAGAUGACCGGUCAGGUGCAUGUGGAGGUGGACGCUGCACCACAAGAAGACCUUACCAGAGUACUGACUGAAAUCCGAGAGCAGUAUGAAGCUUUGGCUGCAAAGAACCAGAGAGACUUGGAAUCCUGGUUCCACUCCAAGACUGAGAUGCUAAACAAGGAAGUCACUGCCAGCACAGAGAAUCUGCAGUCGUCCAAGACUGAAAUCACAGAACUUCGGCGAACUCUGCAAGGGCUGGAAAUUGAGCUGCAGUCCGAGCUGAGCAAAAAAGCGGCUCUGGAAGGGACUCUGGCCGACACGGAGCACCGCUACUCCAUGCAGCUCUCAGCCAUCCAGGUGCAGGUGAGCAACUUAGAAGAGCAGUUGGUGCAGCUGCGUGCUGACAUGGAGCGCCAGAGCCAGGAGUACAAGAUACUGCUGGAUAUCAAAACGCGACUGGAGUUGGAGAUUGCUGAGUACAGAAGGCUGCUGGAUGGAGAGGCCAUCAGCAUCCCGUUGCCCUCUUCCACCUCCACCACAGCCCGCAAAGUGGUGACCAUUAUGGAGGAAAUGGUGGACGGCAAGGUGGUAUCGUCCGAAACCACCACCUUGAACACAAGUGGGUCAGACAAAGAAAAGAAAUAAAACAUCUUCAAAAUCAAUGCACUGGCCCCAGUUCUGUCAGCUAUCAACUGAAUCAACUGAAUCAAUUGAAUCCAAUAAAAAAAUUCCAGCAUAA